AAUAACUUUUAGUUACCUAUGGUUAUCGUGUUCUUUGGCUUAAUAUUGGAAUUAGUGGAAUUUAAUGAAAGCUACAAAAUUAAGCAAUAUUCAUAUCAUAAUCCUCCUCCAUGGCGGCGUCCACGAUGGCAUUCGUUUCCAAAACAUCGAAAACGUUAUCAUUCCAAAAGAAUACUACCUCACAAGUAUCACCUUUACGAACCAGACUACGACAGAUACGCACCGUAUCAUGAGGAUACAUCUGACCAAGAUAAACCUUUCGUUAUAGUCAUACAACUUCCGCAAAAAAACGAAAAAAAAAAAUAUGAUUUCUAUCAGCGAAAGCACAUUAUAGAUCCUCCGCAAAAUAACGAUUAUGCCGAUGAUGACGAUGAAGAGGUAAAAGUGUACCAAAUAAAAUAACUAAGAAAUUCAAAUUAAA